GACGGAGGGCAGCCUAGCAGCGGCGCGGGUUUCCCAGCCGGCGGGUUUAAGGCGCGACACCCGGAAGUGGCGGCUGGAGCGGGAGCGCUGAGUUGUCGGGCGGCGGGACAGUGGCCCGGAAUAGGGGGCGGGGGCGUUGGUCAUGUUUCCCUUCGGGCCCCACAGCCCGGGCGGGGACGGGGCGGCUGGAGCUGAGGAGCCGCCGCCUCUCGGAGGGCCGGCGGCAGUUUCCAGACCGCCCUCUACAACUCCACGGCCGGCGUCUCCACAGCGAGGAGCUAACGAGGCCUCUCCCCCGCCGGCCGCCGGGAGCCCUCGCCUCCCGGGCGGUCCCGCAGUGUCCCCGGCCGAGCGCGCCGGAGAGCUCGCGGCCCCCGGAGCCCUGGAGUUGUCCGCAGCCGCGUCGCAGGCAGAGCUGUCACCCUCCUCCUCGCCGCGCAGACGCUCGAGGCCAGACUGUAGGGCCGGCAGUCGGAGCCGGCAGGGCCUCGGCGCCGGCCUGGGUGGCCCUGGUGCCAGACUGUUCGGGUGGCUGAGAGAGCGAAGCCUCGGUCGCGGGCUGUUCGUGGACCCGGCUCGGGACAAUUUCCGCACGAUGACUAACCUGUAUGGUUCCAUCCAUCCCGCAGACUCAGUGUACCUCAGCACCCGCACCCACGGUGCUGUCUUCAACCUUGAGUACUCGCCGGACGGGUCAGUGCUGACAGUUGCUUGUGAACAGACUGAAGUUCUGCUUUUUGACCCUAUAUCUUCAAAGCACAUAAAAACCCUUUCUGAAGCACAUGAAGAUUGUGUGAAUAAUAUCAGAUUUCUUGAUAACCGGCUCUUUGCUACCUGCUCUGAUGAUACCACAAUAGCACUAUGGGAUCUGAGAAAACUGAACACCAAAGUAUGCACUUUACAUGGUCACACUAGCUGGGUGAAGAACAUCGAGUAUGAUACUAAUACAAGACUCUUAGUAACAUCAGGAUUUGAUGGAAAUGUCAUUAUUUGGGACACUAACAGGUGCACAGAAGAUGGGUGUCCACAUAAGAAAUUCUUUCAUACACGUUUUCUCAUGCGAAUGAGAUUAACACCAGAUUGUUCCAAAAUGUUGAUCUCAACUUCCUCUGGAUAUCUCUUGAUUUUGCAUGACUUGGACUUAACUAAGUCUUUAGAAGUAGGCAGCUAUCCCAUUUUGAGAGCAAGAAGAACUACUUCAAAUUCAGAUUUGACCACUUCAUCAAGUUCUUCUGGUUCUUCAUCAAGAGUUUCUGGUUCACCUUGUCAUCACAAUGAUUUGAAUUCAACAGAGAAACACAUGUCACGAGCCUCUCAACGAGAAGGAGUUUCACCACGAAAUAGUCUUGAAGUCUUAACCCCUGAAGUUCCUGGUGAGAGAGAUCGGGGAAACUGCAUCACAUCCUUACAGCUGCAUCCCAAAGGCUGGGCCACCCUUCUUCGGUGCUCAAGCAACACUGAUGAUCAGGAGUGGACCUGUGUCUAUGAAUUCCAGGAAGGAGCUCCAGUGCGCCCUGUCUCACCUCGCUGUUCCCUGCGGUUGACUCAUUACAUCGAAGAAGCAAAUGUAGGCAGGGGCUACAUCAAAGAACUUUGCUUCAGCCCUGAUGGACGAAUGAUUUCUUCCCCACAUGGCUACGGGAUUCGCUUGUUGGGAUUUGACAAACAGUGCAGUGAGCUUGUUGACUGUUUACCCAAAGAAGCCAGUCCCCUGCGGGUGAUUCGUUCUCUGUACUCUCAUAACGACGUGGUUCUGACAACAAAGUUCUCUCCCACUCACUGUCAGAUCGCCUCAGGGUGCCUUAGUGGGCGGGUCUCCUUGUAUCAGCCAAAGUUUUAGGUACAGCUUACAUCAAAUGAGGAACUCUACUGGUGUUUGGCUUAUAAAUUACUUCAAUUUAGGUGAAGUAUUUUCUUUUUUAGAAGAUCUUAUAAGUUUGGAUCAAGAUCUUGGUUCUUAUGGGUCAGUGAACAUAUAUAUGUGUGACCUAAGUCCUUGGCCUUCCAGCGUCAUCCAGGCAUCUCCAUUUCAACCUCGCAGCCCUGUUCUGUCGGAAUUCCUUUGCUUCUGUCUGUGCCACUGAGCUUGGGUUUUCCUGGUCAUUUUGCAUGUGGCUCUUGUUGUCCCCCUCCCUGUCUCCACCAUUCCUCCAUGCCUCCUUCCUCUUUUUUGAUUUCGGUAUGAAUUUUAUGGACAUUUGGCAGGAGCCUUGGUUGGGAUGAGAAAACCCAUGGCACUAGUAUUAAAUAAAACCCAGAAGUUGGAUGUUGGCACACUGGUUAUUGAAAAAGUUCAUCUUCAUUUAUCAGUAUACUUGGCCUUUAAAGUUGCUGUCAAAUAUUGAGCACAGUAAUGGCAUUAUUCUCAUAACUGUUAGAAACUCUUACGAUAAGGUAUCUUUUUAAAGUUUCCUGUUAAAAUUAUACACGUAAUCUCAUGUGAGAUUUUGUUGUAAAAUUUUAGAAAACUAUUACAACCUCUCUUUGUAAUCUGUCUUAUUGUA